AUGGGCCUGCAGAAUUCAGAAUACAUUGGCCCUAUUAUUUAUCUCAAUGAUCCCAACCCCAACUGGUCGAACCGGCCACCUAAAGAGACAAUCUUGCUUGAUGGAUGUGAUUUUGAGCAUUGGCUUGUUGUCAUGGAGAAGCCCGAAGGUGAUCCCACAAGGGGCGAGAUCGUUGAUAGCUAUAUAAAAACUUUGGCUCAGAUAUUUUAUCUUAGCGGCCUAAUAGAUUACUUCACAAUAGAAGAAGCAAUUUUUGCAGAAUUGCCUAGAGUUGUUCCUGAUUCAUAUUUGGACGUCAAGAACAAAGAUUAUGGAGCAUCUCUCAAAAGUUCGGAAGGAUCUGCUCCAUUUUGGAAUCUCCCAAUUCCCCCGCCAGGUGAACCCUUUAUGAAUGGGCAAGGUGUUCCAUAUGAUCCCAAGUAUCAUGAAGAAUGGGUAAGGAACAGCGCACGGGCAAAUGAAAGGAACAGACGCAAUGAUAGGCCUCGCAAUGCUGAUAGGUCAAGAAAUUUUCAGAGGGAAAAUAUUGUGAACAGAGAUACGCAAGGUAGACCUCCUAUGCCGAACGCUGGUCCUCACAUGAGUCCCUCCUAA